GCGCUAGCAGCUGCGUUUCCAAGCACAACUUGAUUGCGAUGGGGCGUGAAAAGGACCGGAUUAUCCGCCAACAGUCCUCGUCUUCCUUCUCUUUCUCCCCCUUUUCCUCUUUCUUUGACCAUUCCUUGCGGUCGCCGAAAUGGAGUCGUCGAUGUCGCACGCGGUCGACCCGUUUGCCCACACCCAAAGCGAGUUCUUCUGCUCUCUCGCGAAUGCCAUUUCGGCGACCGCACUCAUCCGUUGCUGGCCUCUCCUCGUGUUCUUCUCCGCCUGGGCGACCAUGAUCUCAGUCGUGAGCGUUACCGUGCGGGACCUAGGUAUCCAGAGCACCUUGCUCACUGUCAUUGGUACCGUCCUCGGUUUCGUCAUCUCCUACCGCACGACGUCUUCCUUUGAACGCUACAAUGAAGGUCGCCGCCUCUGGUCCCAGAUCGUCCUCGCGUCUCGCACCUUCACCCGCACGGUCUGGUUCCACGUGCCUGACGUGAUGCCCCCAGACGCGACCAGCCCUGUUCCCCCGCCGGUGGAUCAACGCAAACUGCGAACUCUGAUCGAGAAAAAGACAGUCAUCAAUCUCGUCGAGGGCUUCGCCGUUGCUGUCAAGCACUACUUGCGCGGCGAGGAGGGCGUGUACUACGAGGACUUGUUCCACCUCGUCAAGUUUCUUCCCAGCUACGCACUCCCACCUGGUAUACCGAGCGCACUCUCCUUGGCUGGAAUACCUGCAGAAGCGGAGGGUGGCGACGAAGAUAAAGAUGAUGCUGACGAGAAACACGCGGACUCUGUGCCGGGCAUGCGCUCGUUCACGAGUCUCCACUCAGCGGUGUCUCAGACUGUCCUUCCGCUCCCGGUGACGUCUCCCACUCAGCCUUCUCGGCGCUCUCACGGGAGGCAUAGGAGUGCAAGCGCGCGUGGUACCGCGAAGGUCUCUUUCGACCAGCGCACCGUCAACACCGUGGUCAACACCGGUCACCACCGCGCCGAAUCAGCCGAGACCGUUCGCCAAAAGACGUCGAUUCCAUCUCUUUCCGCGCAGGGCCACGAAACGAACUUUUCGGUUGCCAGCCUCGCUCCGCCCUCAAUGGACAGGCUGGCUGUGAAGCAGGACUUGGACGUUCCAGCUGACAAUGGGGACGGCAAGGCGUUCUUCUCGACGGACAAGCUGUCGCAGUUCUCGAAGCAGGCGAAGGGCAAGGCGUCGAUGGAUACUACAGCAGUACUCGCGACUGAUGGAGAAGGCUUCUUGCUCCCUGCGUAUAUACCGCCGAAGUACCAUCUUCUGGAUCUCUUUCCCCUCAGUUUGUUCGUGCACUGGUUGGCUGGACGUGGCAAGGAUGUGAAGGGUAAGACUGCCGCUCGCAUCCGUGCGAAGCUCCGCAACAAGACCGUUACACACAACUUGCCACUCGAGAUUUCGUUCUAUCUCAGCUCGUACACCGCAGCCCUCCAGUCGAGGAAGGUCGUCGACCCGCCAACAUCUACUGCCCUCAUGAACGCGCUCAACCAGCUCGUGGACGCGCUAACGGGUUUGGAGCGCAUCCUGACAACGCCCAUUCCGUUCUCGUACCGGGUGCACCUCUGGACCGUCACUGUGCUGUACAAUCUGCUCUUGCCAUUCCAAAUAUGGAAUACGCUUGGCUGGCUAACGAUCCCUGCGACCACCUUGCUGAGCUUCAUCUUCUUCGGGUUCCUGGUGGCCGGUGAGGAGAUUGAGAAUCCGUUCGGAUACGACAAGAACGAUCUCAAUCUCGACCACUUCACGCACAGCAUCAUCCGAAACGAACUGCGUGCCCUUACAGCAUUACCAGUGCCGGACCCGUCCGUAUGGGCGUUCUCACAAUUCAAUGACCAGAUCCUGGGCUCUGGCGGUAGUGUCAACAAGGCAAACCGUGCAACUCCGGACGAGUGGAUGAACAGAGGAUAUGCGCGGAUGGUCGGCGCUCUGUACGAGGCCGUCUGAAACCGAGACUUACCAACGCAUGUGGAGUCUGGAGGGAUUUAGAUGGAGGCGUGGUUAGAAGCAAGCGUUAAAGCGUGCCGAUCGUUUUCCAAGCUCGAUCCGUCCAAAAGCUGCGCAGAUGCGUGCGAGCAGCAAGCAAUCUUGGUCCACUCUCGGACAUCGGAUUUGUGCAU